AUGGCGGCGGUUGUUGUGUUGUUUACCUGACCUGCAGGUAUGGCCUACCACGAUACGACCCUGGAGAGCGAGCUGCUGGAGCAUUUCUCCUGUUUAUCUGUUAGCAUGGAUGAUAGUGUGAUUAAUCAUGAGCUCCCUGACCGCGAUAUAAGUCCUGGUUUGUUAUAUUUAAGUGACGAGGUGCUAAUUGUGAUUGUCACUCACCUGGAGCCGGUGUCUUUGUUGAGACUCGGCAGCACCUGCUGCAGGUUGUUCAGGGUUUGUUCCUGUGACUCGUUGUGGACUCGACACUUCAGGGACUCGUUUGGGGUAGGCCUGCCGAACAUCACCACAGCCAGUUACGCCGCCAAGACCGCCUUUCGUUUAGUGUUCAUGUGGAGAGCCCUUUUCCGAAACGUCCACUGUAACCGGUCUCUUCAGGAGAAGCUGUUUGCUCAAGUACCUUUCCCUCCGCCUGCGUACUGGACACAAUGGCUUGUGCUAGAGGAUCGAGUGCCGUUACCUGCCGCCCAGCUACCGUGUGCAGACGUGGAGAAGCUGUGGGGGACGCCGAGAGAUCUGCUCACUGAGAAACUUCAAGAGAACCCAGAAGGCGAUGAGACGCUCAGGAUGGAAUGGAGGGAGUUGUAUAACCUCGCCGUCACUCAUCAUGGAAGUACAGCAAUGCUCUUUCACUACGUUCUUAAGCAGCACCAAAGCAGUGAUCAUUCGGAACUGGAGUCAAUGUACCGCCAGUACACCCAGUGCAGGUUCCAGUGGCUUUUCACCUACUGGCUCUUUCGCCAGCCGGCCCCGAUGAACCGCCAGCUGAGAGCCAUAUACCUUCAGUGGAGGAAGCACAGUAAGAAGAAAGUUUCCACAUGGGGAGAAACGGUGUGUGACGUGAGAUACCUGGCCUCCCUCCAUCCCAUCACCAGUGACUACUGGAAGGGCAGACUGGCUCGGGGAGAUGAGAACGUCGGGAUUCAUACAGUAGGAAACUACUUCUCCAUGUGUAAGUCAGUGGUGGCCUGGAUCCUGGGGCGUGACUGGGGCAGACUGAAGCGCAGGAAGGUUUAUGAAGACACACUGAAUGGCGUGUACCUGCUGUUAAAGAGGGAGAUGCAGGAGAGGCUGGUGGACCACCAGAGGUUCUGGCAGGUGGCCAAGGUACAGAUGAGCCGUGUAUGCACCCUGGAGGAGACGGCCGUGAACUACGUCAACUGGAAGAUGAUCGAGACGCUUCCUUAUUACAAGCUGUAUCUGGUGUCGGGUAACAGCGUGUACCUGCAGCACGUGCAGGGUUUCCUGCACAGGAAGAGGAUGCUUCAUGACUGGAUCUACCUGGAGGACAACACCUGGCUCAGAGAACUGCUUCCUGAUGAGCUCUUCACGCUGCUGGAGUUCGACACCAAGAUCUCUCAAGGAAGUUUACACGGUCCCUCAGCGAGCGCCCAGCUGAGUCGGUUGGUGUGGCUGUACCUGCACUCAGGUGAGCAGCUGUACAUGGAGGGAGUGAAGCAGGCGGUGCUGCAGGACGUUCACACGCGACUGGCCGACAGCACAGACGUCCUCGCGGCAGAACUCUGGCAGCCCGGCCUCAGGCCCGUCUCUCCGUGAACCGCCUCGGACGUCAGGUUUCUUUUUAAAGCUUUUUAGGGGACCGCAUAUCCGUAUUUUUAUUUUAUUUUUUUUAGACAAUUUUUAUUCAUAUUUAUAUAAAGACGUUUUUUGGCUGAAUUUAAAAUGUGGUUAAUAUGGAUCUAGCUGUCUGGUGGAGACGCGCUGAAGUUUGUAAAUAUUUUUAGCAGUAUGAAUUACACACGUUAGCUUUUUGUUUUUGUUUUUUUUUCUUCUUCUUCCCCAAGACGAGCACAAUGAGCUCCCCAACACUAAAACCUUUUUUUUUCUUUCUGGUAAAUCUGAGGGUGUUUUUUUAAUUAUUUUUUUAUAAGCAUUGAAUUUUUUACAUCAUUACAUACACGGACUUGAUUGCAUUUUUUUCCUGUCUCGAUCACUGGACUUGUCCAUUUUUACCUUUUUAUUUUUUUUAUCCUCACAGUCCUGAGACUUAUUAAAGUCCCUUCAACUUUAUCCCUAAUCUGCUGUCGCUUUAUUUCCGCUUGAAACUCCAUGUCCUCGUCUGGUUACGUCUCUUUACUUCUUCACGAUCGUUAGCAGCCGCUGAAAGAAGAAAUGUUUCCUCAGAGCAGAACAUUUAUAACCUGUCACCAAAAAUAGCAGAAUAAUAGAAAUGUCCUUCACUCCUCAAAAUAAAUAAAAUAAAAUGACCUUUAAAAAAACAAAUUUCCGUUCAUAAAAUAUCAGAAUGGAUUAAUUCCACAUCACCAACCUACAAUAAAAAGCCAGACACACAAAACUGACUUGAAAUUCCCUUCAAAACAAAACAGCAAAGUAUUAAAAAAUAAAUAAAAAGAAAGAAGAAAAAAAUAGAAUUCAUUUAAAAAAAACACAGAAGCACAAAAAUAAUAGAAAAAUAUUUUAUUUAUUCUCUGUACAAAUGGAAAGCAAAUAUUUUUGUCCCUUUUUUUGUUUGUUUUUUAAUUUUACCUGAAAAAAUACGAGUCAAUACUUUCUGUAAACGUACAUAAAUAGAGCUUUGGCAUGAGGAAAGUCGAGCUGAAAAACUAAAAGCUUAAAGCCUGUUUAGAUCGAGGAGAGUUGAUGUGGAGCGGUAAAGCCAACCGGCGGCCUCUGGCACAGUGUGAGCGUGAUCGGCCAUGACAACCACACACGCGUAUGUUCCUACACACACACACACACACCUUGCUCACAUGCAGUGCACAAAAUCCUCAUCAGGGUCUUCAUUGAUUAGCCUGAGUAGAAAUCUGCAUUGUUUGUGUCUAUGGCUUCACUCGUCAUGUGCCCCCCACACACACACACACACACACACACACACCCCUAUCUCUGCUGCAUAGAUUUAUAAAGGCACAGGAAAGCAAUGUCUGCUGAAUUCUAUGCUGGUAAAUAUGAAGUUGCAUAGCAUUUUAUGUCCAACCAGCUUCAGAGACCUUCUGUUCCUGUACAAACUCCAUCUGGAGCCACACACACACCCCAGCGCUUCACCUAAACCCUUACAACAUGCAAACAAAACAAAGCUAAUAUUACUAGCUGGAUACAUUAGCAGAAACAAGUUAUAAAUAAAUAUCAGGAAAACAUUUGCUUAUGUGCAGGUUGUCAUGACCGAGCAUCGUUUCCUCCUUUCUUAUAUUACAGAGAGUAAGAAAUAGUCAUUAUAUAUAUAUAUAUGGUCAAAAACGGAGGAUAACAGGAAACCAUCCCAUUUAAGAUGCGACUGCUCCUGUAGAGUUCUAAUCCCUUUUUGAAAUGGGAAAGCGAAGCGGUUUCAACUUGCCCACGGCGUCUUAACACUGUUUAUAUACCUGAGAAGGUUUUUUUUGCAUUGUUGUUUAUACAGAAGUUUAAAUUGUAAUACAACUCUCUCGAGUCUAAAAUCUCAUGUGCGUCACACACACACACACACACACACACAAUGGUAACGUCAGCAGUUUCUACACAGCUCCUGAUCUUUAUACUGCUGUAGGGAAUCUACUGUAGGAGGGGAAAAAAUCCUCUAUGGGUGCAUCUGUCAUGCAAUCCUGUCUGUCUUCGAGGUUUUCAGUGAGCCUGGAUCGUUAAUAUGGGGUCUGAGUAGAAGGGGGGG